AAAUGCAUUGCAGUGCAACUUAAAAACCAGGGGCGGACUGACCAUUUGGAAACUCAGGCACUGCCCGAGGGCCCGGGGUCAGUAGGGGGCCCCAUGAGAUGCCCCUGGUACCUUUUUCAUAGGCUUUUUUUAGUUUGGGCAAGGACACAUGGGCCCCAUGAUCCCCUAUUGCCCGGGGGUCCCAUGAGUUGUCAGUCCGCCCCUGGGCACCACCUUCCUCAAUUUACAUCUAGCGGACUUGCUCCACUUUUGGGAGGAAAUACAAACACCACAUCC